AUGCCUGACAAGUCGACGUCGAACACGACCAAUGUGGCAAGCGGCGGAAACCCCAACGCCAACGCCCCCGCGCCGAUCAAGGCCCUCACCGAGGCGCUGAACAACAUGGACGUGGACGGCGUGGCCGAUACGGACGGCCGCUCUUCCCCACCCGCCGUCGAGAUCAUCCCCGGCUCCCCUGAGCCCGGCCACCCCCUGCCCAACCUCCCGGACCACUGCACCGUUCUCCAGGUCUCGGACCUCAACUGGUACACGUCCGACGCCGACCUCAUCGAGGCUGCCAAGGCCGCCAACGUCGAGAUCACGCACCAUGACAUCACCUUCCUCGAGCACAAGUGUAACGGCAAGAACAAGGGCAUCGCGUUCAUCUCAUGCCACAGCUCGGGCGCGGUCGUCCGCCUUCUCCACUGGUUCGAGACUCACGAGUUCCAGGGCAAGAAGGUGUCUACCAACAUCCCGACCAACGUGCACGGCAAGAGUCUGGUGCCACCGCCCACGCACGACAAGGACAAGGACAACGCGCACAAGUAUCGCGAGCCACCCACUCGUUCGCCACUCCCCUUCCUUCCGACCAACUCGCACGGCGGCGUCAACUUCAACCGCGUUCCCCUCCAUCAUCGCCAGCAGAUGCAGCAGAUGCAGCAGGCCGGCUUCCUCUCGCCUGCCACGCACGGCAAGGGGCGCGGUGGCCGCAAGGAGAACCCCGCGCAUAACCACAAUCAGAGCGUUCAGGCGUACUUUGCGCACGAGCUCCAGGGCUGGCCGCAGGCCUCUGACGAACACCGCGCACCGCUUCGCGUCUAA